ACACAGAGCUCGAGCACAUUCAGCACAAGAGGCGGGAGAUUAAGUGUUUCCGCGAGAGCCAAAGCGCAAACCUGAGCACCACGCGCUGCACUUUCAAACCGACCAGCGCAACUCGCUAGUUGCUCCCCCUCCGCCGUCCGCUCCUCUAUCAGACCCACGGGACUUCACUUGUUCAUCCCUAACCGGACAGGCUCAGCUCAUCCGACCGGGAGACCGGGCGAACCCAGGAGUAGGGGGACACGGAGGUGGAGGGGGGACAUGCUCGCUCAGCAACCCAGCAGAGUUUCUCCYAGGUGGGCCAAGCUGUGACAGAGGGCCUCUCUCUGGUGAGCCAACCCGCAACCCUGACCGCUCCAGCAGGCCUCACWCCCAGUCCUAACUACUGUGUGUGCCAGGACCAGGCCACCUCCAGCCCAGGCCAGACCACGUCUACCCCAGGCCAYCKCAGAGUGGGUCAGCCCCAGCCCAACCCACCWCUUCCCCAGCCCKGUAGCGGRCCAGGCCCAGGCUCCAGAAGCAUGGCCUUCACCCUGUCAGAGAUCAUGGCUGCGCGGCGGCAGCAGCAGUCCCAGGCCCAGCGGGCGGCAGGCAGGGRYGCCGUGGAGGUGGAUGAAUACAGCACCAACCCCACCCAGGCCUUCACCUUCUACAACAUCAACCAGGGACGCUUCCAGCCCCCGCACGUACACAUGGUGGACCCCCUGCCCCACGACACUCCCAAGCCGCCAGGUUACACCCGUUUUGUGUGUAUCUCAGACACCCACUCCCGUACGGACGCCAUUCAGAUGCCCUAUGGAGACGUGUUCAUCCAUGCUGGAGACUUCACAGAGCUGGGCCUGCCCUCUGAGGUCAAAAAGUUCAAUGAUUGGCUGGGCACCUUGCCUAUUGACAUAAAGAUAGUGAUUGCGGGGAACCAUGAGUUGACCUUUGACCAGGAGUUCAUGGCUGACCUGAUCAAGCAGGACUUUCUACUACUUCCGUCGGCCUCAAGCAAACCAGAGAACUACGAGAACGUCCAGUCCCUGCUCACCAACUGUAUCUACCUUCAGGACUCAGAGGUCAUACGAGGCUUCCGCAUCUACGGCUCCCCUGGUGGGCAGCCAUGGUACUAUGGCUGGGGGUUCAACCUGCCAAGAGGUCAGGCUCUGCUGGACAAGUGGAACCAGAUACCCGACUCCACCGACAUACUGGUCACACACUGCCCCCCACUGGGUUCCCUUGACUGGGUUCCUAAGAAGAUGCAGCGGGUGGGCUGUAUGGAGCUGCUCAACACUGUCCAGAGGAGAGUACAGCCCAAGCUACAUGUCGGACACAUCCACGAAGGUUAUGGUAUGAUGACAGACGGCACCACCACGUUCGUCAACGCCUCGGCCUGCACCGUCAACUUCCAGCCCAUGAACCCGCCCAUCGUCUUCGACCUGCCCAAUCCCACCAGGACCACAUGACUAGAGAAGCCCCGCCCUGCUGAGCCCCCCUCCAAUCAGGAACCUAGUGGUGGGAAGGCAGGUAGGUGAGGGUGGUGGGCAGGUGUGGUGGAGUACUGUUUAUAGUCAAUGCUCUAACGGAUGCUGUGUGUGUGUGUGUGCGUGUGUGUGUGUGUGUGUGUGUGUGUGUGUGUGUGUGUGUGGCACAACACACACACACAAGCCCAAGUCUCUUACAGACGAUGUGUGUGUCUAAAGAGACAGGCACUGUUGCCAAUCCUCACUUGGCAAAUCCAUCGAUGUUCUUUUAUAUACUGUCAUUCCUUUAUUUCAACAAAAGCUCUUAGAAACUCAAAAGUAAGGCAAAAGACAGACCCCAGAUGCCUCAUCUCUCAUAUGGACAUGUCAGCAUUAGUCUGUAAAUCUUCUGUUGCACUUCUACUGCACUGACAAUCUGACCUGGCUGUCAGGUAGAGAAGAGGACAGGGGAACAGUGUAUCCUGUGUCACUGUUUGAACUCACAGUCUUUCUCUCAGAAGAAGACACUGGGUAACACUCAUUCUCUCUUGCUUCCUCAUAGAGGACUCUGUUAAGCCACCAGUGGAAGUUGCUCAUUGGCGACGUUUUGACAUUGUGACAGUGUGGUCCACCGUUCAUUUGAGACCUUCCCUGGGGAGUGAUUGAACACUUACCAGUAGGGUUUCAGAACAUUAACCCAAUGUCCAUGUUUGACUUUGUGGAGCUGUUUGCCAGCACAGAAUGGAUACCCCUGACAGUACUCUGAUAUCACACUUCCUGCACUGCAGAUUAAAACACUGCUUUCCCCUCAUCCCUUUUUCUCUUGAUCCCUCUUUUCAUCUGCACCUCUUGUUUCACUCUCCACUCUCUCUCUCUCUCUCUCUCUC